CCACCACAACCCUCCAUUUCACAAUCCCAAUUCCAGUCUCUCAAUUCACUUUCACACUCCACAUCCUAAUCCAAUCCAAAAAUCAGAGACACCGAGACCAGACCGGAGCUCUCAACUCUCAUAAAUUUUAACGAACAAUGGAGGAACCAUCUUCCCAAAACCCUAACUAUCUACUCCCACCACCCCCACCCCAGGAUUUUCCACCUCCAUCUCCACCACCUACUUUCCCCUAUUUCAAGAGACCCACUCUCCGUGUCACCUCCGAGUUCGACAGCGACAGCCUCGUUUUCUUCCACAAGAUCUCUUGCAAGCUCUUUGACAACCUCGCCAAAUUCAAGCUCUCCUUCCAGAACAACAACAAGCGCGAGAUCUCCCAACCCCAGUUGUCUUUCACCUCCAAGCACUUGUCCGUUCAUUACGAUCUCGAGGAGCAGAAUGCCCUUGUUAAGGGCUCCUGUGAUGUCGGUCCCAGAUUGCAGCUUAAGGCCGUCCAUGAUGUCAAGGAAAAACAAGGGGAGGUCGCAUUGGUGGCAAAUCUUGCUGAACCUGGCUACACGCUUGAACUGUCAUCCCUUGUUCCAUCAGUUGGUUUGCCAAAAGCAACCCUUAAAUUCCCUAUUGGGGAAGUUUCACUAGAGGAGAAAGAAGAUGAGGAAGAGAAGAAACUAUUAUCAGUAAAUGGAAUCGUCAAAGGUCAGGUUUUGAACGGGCUCUGCACUGCACAAUACGAUGAUGAAGAAUUGCGCCUAAGAUACGCCUAUAAGGAUGAGGCUUUGUCUUUCAUUCCUAGCAUCUCACUUCCUUCCAACACUCUAUCAUUUGCAUUCAAGCGACGUUUCAGUCCUACAGAUAAGUUGAGCUAUUGGUACAAUUUUGAUUCCAACUACUGGAGUGCUGUGUACAAACGGACAUACGGGAAAGACUUCAAAUUCAAAGCUGGUUAUGAUUCUGAGGUGGGUCUUGGCUGGGCGUCUCUCUGGGUCGGGGAUGAAAGCGGGAAGGCGAAGACAGCUCCGAUGAAGAUGAAAGUUCAGUUUAUGCUGCAAGUGCCUCAAGACGACAUCAAAUCAGCAGCGCUUAUGUUCCGAGUGAAGAAGAGGUGGGAUAUAUAGUCACUCUCUAAUCGCGGGAUUGUGUUGUGUCUCCUCCUUUUAACAUACACUUGAUGUGAAUAAUAUGUGAUAGUGUAGUUUUGUUAUAAUGAUGUUCUAUUGCUACAUAGAUCAAUUGGUAAGUUAAUUUUUCCAUAGCUAA